AUGUCGAAUCUCCAGCAGCAAUUUCUGCGGGGUCAACCGCAGACGUCUUCCAGCAUGGUUGGCUCGGGCAGCUCUCCUUCUAAUAGGGUUGGUCUUGGGCUUGGUCAUGGUUCUAUGAUGGACGGUAGUGGGCCACAAUCUGGUGGCUUCAACAGGUCUCAGCCAAUUCGUAUGGCGGGCAACGAUUUCUUCACCAUAGCACCUUAUCGCAAGCGCAAGGAUGCGGUGCGAGUUUCUGUUAUCAAGAAGUAUGAAAUCCUCGGAUAUAUAGCAGCGGGAACCUACGGUAAGGUGUAUAAGGCCAAAGACCGGGUGGACCAAAAUGGAUUGUACGCAAUCAAGAAGUUCAAGACAGACAGCAAAGACAACGAGGUGAUACACUACACAGGUAUAUCCCAGAGUGCUAUUCGUGAGAUGUCGCUUUGUCGUGAGCUAAACCACAACAAUAUCACCAAGUUGACCGAAAUCAUCCUGGAACGCAAGUGUAUCUACAUGGUGUUUGAGUUUGCUGAACAUGAUCUGCUGCAGAUCAUCCACAACCACUCGCACCCGGACCUGAAGCCAAUUCCAGAGUCAACGCUUAAAUCCACGAUGUACCAGUUGCUGAGUGGGUUAUCAUAUUUGCAUCAAAAUUGGAUAGUUCAUCGAGACCUCAAACCAGCGAACAUAAUGGUGACCUCCGAUGGAACCAUUAAGAUUGGUGAUUUGGGUUUAGCCCGGAAGUUCAACAAUCCUCUUCAAUCUCUAUAUGCUGGAGAUAAGGUGGUGGUGACAAUUUGGUAUCGAGCUCCUGAGUUACUGCUGGGAGCACGCCAUUACACACCUGCUAUAGACCUAUGGGCAGUUGGGUGUAUUCUCGCUGAACUUUUGUCUCUUCGUCCUAUUUUCAAGGGAGAAGAGUCCAAGAUGGAUAACAAGAAACAGGUGCCGUUUCAGGAGAACCAGCUAUUGAAAAUCGUGGAAAUUUUGGGUACUCCUUCGUCGGAGAGAUGGAGCUCUCUGAAGAACUAUCCGGAGUAUCCCCAAUUGGCAAAAUUCACACUAUUUCCGCCAAAUCUACGUGCAUGGUACCACUCGGCUGGGGGAUCCAAUAAAAAUUGCCUCAAGUUGCUUUCUGAGCUUCUUGAUUACGAUCCAGCUAAAAGGGUCAACGCUCUGAACUCGCUUUCACACAAAUGGUUCACUGAACUGCCGCGUGUGACCGACAAUAUAUUUGAAAAUUCCAAGUUCAAAUAUCCUCCAAGAAAGAUCCAAAAGGACGAUAAUGAUAUUCUCAGCAUGAGCGGACAUUCGCACCAACAAUUGCACGGGACGAAUUCGAUGUUGGGUGGUACCGGGGCCAAACGUGCUUUUGGGAAUAAUGCGAAUGAUCAGAUGCAUAUGAGGAAGAAACAGAGGUAG